UCUGCGCUGUCCUGUCCUUUACGCCAUUGUUGACCGAUGUCGAAAGUUUCCGGAUAAGUACGUUAUAGCUGUGAUCAUGUAAGCAGUGAGCAAGAUGAACACGGCGCUGAAACACUGGAGAGAGGCGGCGACGGUGAUCCUGGCGGCCGGGCUGAGACGCACUCCGACUGCGGACUCUCUUAAAGCAGGUCUAGGAAAAGUCACUGAUAUUGCACACAAAUCUGCCUUCGACUAUCAAGUGCUGCUGCUGAAACGGAGCGGUCGCAGCGGGUAUAUGCCCAAUGCCUACGUGUUUCCCGGGGGGCUGGUGGAAUCGUCUGACUUCUCCAGCGAGUGGCAGGAGAUCUUUAAAGCCUUUACCGAAGCGCCCAACUACGGCAUCGGAGUUGUGAAGCAGCCGCCGGCGAGCAGGCCACCCAUUUUCGCCACUGACAGAUCUCAGCUGGGAUCUCCGAUACCGGGAGAUGUGGCUUUCAGGAUCUGUGCGGUGAAGAGACGUUUGAGGAGUCAGGUGUGCUCCUGGCGGGUUCCCAAACACGAGGAAAGCGGGAUUCGCGUGCACACGGAUGAUAACAGUGACAGCCAGCCAACACUGACCAGAUUGACCGGACUGUGGAGUAAAGACGUGCUGUCUAAGUGGAGAUCUCAGGUUAUUGAUAACCCGGCGAAUUUUAUCAAGAUGUGUCGGGAGUUGCAGUGUCUGCCCCCAACAUCUGGGCUUUGCAUGAAUGGGGGAACUGGUUGACACCCAUAGGCGUUUACGGCAAACAGAGGUGGUACGACACUGCACUUU